UCCCAUCCACAGGGAGACCGAAGGGCACCUCUCCCCGCGCCGCCCGCGCUGCCCGGAGCCCCGGAGUCGCGACACCCCAGGGAUGCCUGUGCCCCAGACGACCCCAGCCUGCAGCCCCCGCGCCUUCCUGAGGCCCGCCUGGAGCAUGUUGCCUGCAGCCAUGAAGGGCCUCGGCCUGGCGCUGCUGGCCGCUCUGCUGUGCUCUGCCCCCGCUCAUGGCCUGUGGUGCCAGGACUGCACGCUGACCACCAACUCCAGUCAUUGCACCCCGAAGCAGUGCCAGCCGUCAGACACGGUGUGUGCCAGUGUCCGGAUCACAGAUCCCAGUAGCAGCAGGAAGGAUCAUUCUGUGAACAAGAUGUGUGCCUCGUCCUGUGACUUCGUGAAGCGGCACUUUUUCUCAGACUAUCUGAUGGGCUUCAUUAACUCUGGGAUCUUGAAAGUAGACGUGGACUGCUGUGAGAAGGAUGUGUGCAAUGGGGUGGCGCUGGCGGGGCGCGGCUCCUGGGCCCUGGCUGCGGGGCUCCUGCUCAGCCUGGGGCCCACCCUCCUCUGGGCUGGGCCCUGAGGUCCCCUCCCUCCCGCAGAGCUUCCGAACUCGUCCCGCCAGACCUGAGCCUGUGGCUGCCCUCUCCCCAGCCGGGCCUGGCUGAAGCUGGGGGCCGCCUUGGCCUGCUCCACAGCCUGUGGCCCCCGCCCCUCCCUGUCUCUCCACCAGCUCCAAGUCCCAGCCAGCAGGGCAUCUCCAGGAAUCGGGCGUCCAGCAGGAGGCUGGGACCCCGGGCCUCGGAGGGGAGCCAGGCUGCGCCAGGCCCCGCCCGACAGUGUAGCUGUGAGGGCAUCCUCUACGGGGAGAUAAAGUCACUUCUGAGUCCAGAGACCCGGGCCCGAGCCUGGGUGGGGAUUUUGGUGGGGGGGUUCCUGGCAGAGAAAGAGCAGGGGGCGGAGGCAGGGAGGGCAGCGUUGGUCCCCUGGGGGCUGUGGUGUGGAGCUGCCAGGGGACCGUGGGCCUGGUAAAGUCUGGGAACAGCCUGAGGAGCGGUGAGAGUUGAGAUGAGCAAAGUCACAGGGUGGGCCUGAGGGCGAGGCCUUGCGACGGUGUGUGCACACACCAGGGACGGGGCCGUGCCCAGACUCACACCUACGCCCGCAGAGGGCACACACCUCACCCACACCACGCUCUCACGUCACCAUGUGCUCGUGCCCACAGGUGCCCCACACGCCUCCACUGACACGUUCGUAUCACAGCAGCCCCUGAACCGUUGUGCCCCAGCGCAGGCGGGUCCACACAGGCCCACAUGUGCGUGUGCACGGGGACAUACAGACACGCCCGUGUGUAGAUCUGCAGUGCUCUCUCCCCGCUGGGUGGUGAUCAGCUCCCCGAGAGCUGUCGGGGCCCCUUCAGGCUCACGCACAGACCUCGAGGGCCCGGACCCAGAAGCAAGCACGCCCCCACCUCCACCCUGAGCUGGUGCCGCGUGGGUAGGGUCUUGAAGGCCAGUCCCCUGACCAGGGAAUGGGAUGGCACAGAUGGACUGGGUGCUUCCCGUGGGAGGAGGUGGACCUGAGGCUGCUGCUGCUUUUCCUGGCCCUUCCCGCUCCAGCAGUGGGCCCUCGGUUAGUCCCUGCACCCCUGAGUCCAGCCCAGCCUCCGCACCCACUGGCCGCGGCUCGUCUUGUGGCCUAGGCUCACCACGGGACGCUGGGCGGCCACUCCAGGCUUUCUUGGCCAGUUCCUCUUCAUCCCUCUGUGGGUGACCCAGCCCGAGGUCACUCCUGGGUCCUGGACUCCCUGGAAUGAACGAUAGUUCCUCUCAGAGCCGGCCUUGGCAUUCCUCCCCGGGCUCCUCUUCUGGAGUGAUGGAGGGGGGUCUGGAGGUCCUGGGCGAGUGAACCAGCGGGGAGAGUGGGGUCACUGGAGGCUGGUAUCAACUUCCUGCUGGUGGAAAUGGCCGAGGGACUUGUCGGAGGGUCGUCUCCCACUCCGUUUUAAGUUUGCUCUGCUGCUCUGCGCUGUACCCCCCCCACCCCGC